AUGGACGAAAUCACUAUCUCUAAUUUCCACAAAUUGCUACGCCAGGAUCCCUCCAAUGGCCCAGCAUUGGUAAUCCAUUACCUGGAAGCGAUCAAGCAACACGAUAGCACCCUCAAAACCCUCAUAACACUCAACCCAGAAGCCCUCAAAACCGCCGAAGAAAAGGCCACAGAAACAGAAACAUUCAACAAAAACAACACUCCCUACCCAGUCCUACACAGUGUCCCCGUAAUCCUCAAAGACAACUACAGCACAUACAACCUCCCCACCAGCGCAGGAGUAUCAGCCCUCAAAGACCUCCGCACAACCAACAGCGAAGUAGUAACCCGCCUCCUAAAAGCAGGCGCAAUCAUCCUCGCCAAAGCAAACCUCCAUGAAUUCGCCUUACAAGGAACAACAACCUCAUCCCUAGGCGGCCAAACCCUCAAUCCAUAUGAUGCAGGUCGCACGCCGGGUGGUUCAUCCGGUGGCACAGCCGCGGCCCUGGCAUGUAACUUUGGACUUGUUGGUUGCGGCACAGACACGAUGAACUCACUGCGUUCACCGGCGUCAGCUUGUGGAAUUGUAGGAUUCCGACCAUCAACGGGGAGGGUGUCGUGUGCAGGUCUUGUGCCUGUUUCCGAGACGCAGGAUUGUGCAGGGCCUAUGGGGAGGCGUGUUUGUGAUGUGAGGGUUAUGUAUGGGGUCAUGAAAGAUGGAGGUGGAGAUGGAUAUGAUGAUCUGAAUGGGUCUACUUCUAUUUCGAUACCACCUCGCAGACCAGGCCGCCAAGUUCGAAUUGGAGUCCUGGAAGCAUACUUCGCAAUCGAGGAAUCAUGUGCGGAGCCGGAACUACUCUCCGAGAACGAGAUCGUACAGGAUAUCAUCCGAACAAGUCUAUCAUCUCUCGCCUCCCAAGAUGAGAAUAUAACCUUGGUUCCAAUCCCAGAAUCCAGUCAUCCAGACUGGAGCAUCACAACCCUCCUCGCAAAAGCCGACACGCAAGCCUUCGAAUUCAAGCACUAUCUGGAUGAAUUCCUUCAAUCGCCAUUUAUAACCUCAACACCACAUCGAUCCCUCGAAACGAUUAUUCAGAGCGGAGAAUACGAUCAAAAAGCCGCGACACAUGUCAUGACAGCUGCACUAGAAGACCCAGAAACAUACUCGCCCCACAGCGCAGCACAUGAAGAACGAUUGAAGUAUAUCGCCUCAUUAAAAGAAUCCUUACGUGACUGCUUCGAUGCAUAUGAUAUCGACGCAUUAGCUUAUCCACAUCAACGACAACUGCCCGUGAAGAUUGGGGCUACGAUGCAGCCGGGUCGAAAUGGAGUUUUGGCUGCGUUGACAGGGAGGCCUGCCAUCUGUAUUCCUGCUGGAAGAAGCCCUAGCUCUGAUUCUUCUAUUCUGGGCGUGCCAGUUGGAUUGGAGCUUAUGGGACGGCAGUGGGGGGAGGAUGAAUUGCUUGAUCUUGCGGAGCGGGUUGAGGGGAUGUCGGAGGCUAGGAGGGCACCUAUUUUGAAUUGUUUCGAAUGA